CCAGGUGUGGACACAUUGUGCAGCACCAAUUUCUGACUGGGAUCCAGCAGAGAGCGGCCAGCUCCUAACUGAUCAAUAUUGACCCAAAAACACAUACAAUUAAUUUGCACGCGACUUGCGACAAUCGCCGCACCCCCUCAAUCAACUUCGCACAUCUGCCCAAAAGACUUACCUAGUUACCUGGCUGCUGCUGUUAGAGGAAUUGGGGGGUUAUUAUUCUGACACAAACACACACGCACAACAUCCAACAAGAUGUUGGUAUCGUUGACCGUCGGCAAGGUCGACGCUGGCGUCACGGUGUUGCUGACCCCAGACAAACGCCUCAUCGAGUUUCCCUCAAUCCUUCUACCACCCGACAUCGAAUCCGGCUCAAUCGUCGACAUCACCGUCUCACGCAAUACCGCCUCGGAGGCCAAGGCCGAGCAGCUCUUCCGUGCGCUGCAGGAUCGCAUUUACCAAUCCUUUGGGGCCGCCGAGCCCUCGCAGCCCGUCCUGCGAUGCCGCAACGCGACGCAGACGUCGGUUGUGCUCGAGUGGGACCCCAUCCAGCUCGCCACGGCAGACCUCAUCAGCCUGGCGCUGUACCGCAAUGGCCAGAAGGCUGGAAACAUCCCGCGGCCCAUGAAUAUGCACAGCACCAAGAUCAGCGGCCUGGCCGUCGACACCGAGUACACCUUCCACCUGGUCCUGCGCACGACCGCGGGAACGUUUAGCUCUGAAAAGGUGACGGUCAGGACGCACAAGAUGACGGACCUCAGCGGCAUCACAAUCACCACGGGCAUCCUGCCGGCGUCGAUGCGGGAGGGGCUCGCCGCGGCCGUGGAGAGGAUCGGUGCCAAGAUGGUGGACAGCGUCCGAAUCGACACGACGCACUUUGUUACGACCGAGGGUAGGGGUAUCCAGUGGGAAAAGGCCGUGGAGAUGAACAUCCCGGUCGUGAGGCCGGAGUGGGUCGAAGCAUGUGAGAAAAAUGGCAGGAUUCUGGGAGUCACCAAGUUCUACCUUGAUGCCAUGCAACCUGGUCCCGGCAGCAGCUUGGGGGCGCCUGGCGGGGGUGGUGUUGCCGAAGAGCGUUCGGCGCCGCCUGCCGCGGCCGCUGCGCAAACACCAGCAUCUGCUACGUCUACAUCGGCUGCGCAAAAGGAUCUGCCACCCACGCCGGCCCCCGCACCUGGACAGUCCCGCGGCAGUGGGGAGAAUGGCAACGAAGAAAGCAACGCGGCCGCGGCUGGAUAUCAACCCGCGCAGAGUCACCAAGAAGCUAACGAGUCUGACGCAGCAAUGAGGGACAAGGAGACUGGAGGCGGACAUGACGAUGACAGUUCUUCCGACGAUUACAGCGAGGAUGAAAAGGCAGAAGAAAAACCCAAGCCGACGGCCCAGGAUGAGGAGAAGUCACAGAUGGAGGACAUAGCACUGCGACCGACGGCGUUGAUGCCGUCCAGAUCCCUGAACGAUGACAACGAUAGUAGUAAAGGGGAAGAGUCGAAGGUCACUUCACCCGGUGACGGGAAUUCUUUCCAGGAUGUUGCAUUAUGAGGGAUCGACUGGUUGGUUGCGAGAUGAGGUAAUAAUGGGACUGGACAGGCAGAUAUAGUGAUUUGGGCCUUACUUUUUGACGUUCAAGCGAGGAGAAUGUGUGGUUCGUGCCCACUAACUUAUAUCUAGACUGCCGCGGUUGCGCUGUCAAAAUUAUUUUUCUUCUCCCAAAGAUUAUCAAGGGUAGUGUUGUACUUGAAAAGCUAAAAUCUCAAUUCG